UAAAAUAGUGGCAGAAGUGCUGAUGUCCUAGUGUCAGGCAACGGGCGUUUCUUCAUCCUGGUUUUAUUGUUCUGUUUUGUUCUAUUCUCAUGAUGCUCCAGCCGUCAGUGAUGUGUCAGCUAUGUUUUUUCGAUAAAGAAUCAAGGGAAGCAUUGAUCGUCGAGGUCAGAGGACAGUUGUGAGAAUAUCCGGAAGGAUUUCGGUGCAAGUCAGUGCAGCCGCUGGAAUUUUUGGAGGCAUUGUUGACUGUUUAUGAGUUUCUUUCGUCAGUGAUGUGGAUGUGCUGGGCUUGUGGUGGGUGACAAUGACUCAGGGAUUGCGUUGGGAUUAAUUACGAAGGGAAACAAAGAGAUUAAUCCGGAUCGUUGGGGAAUUAGUUGGUGUUUUCAACAAGUGCUUGGACAGAAAUUGAGAAAUUAAAUAUUUUAUUUUUUAGUGUCAAUAACGUUGAAAAUAUUUUCUAUUCAGAGAAAUUAAUUAGCUUUAGUUUUAAUUGUCAACUGACUUUUGGUGAAAACAAACAAAUAUAAUUCGAGUUUUCAAUAGAACAACUGUUUGAUUAAUUUUUGAACGAUUUUUUACGAAAUAAAACUGUUCAUUGAGAUUUUCAAUUGAAUUAUUAGAGCUAGUGCAUGGAACAAUAUACUGAAUAAAUUCAACGAUUAAUGGUUUGAUGUUUUUGUUAAGUGUUAAGUGUUCAAUGAAGUGUUGAAAUAAUUUUUUAUGACAGAAUAACUCACCGUUUGAAUUUUCAAUUUAAAAAUUGAACGAAAAAUGAGUAAUUCAGGCGGAGCAGCACCCAGGACGUCGAUAGCAUCGAACCGGAAUUCCCACAGGUCGACCCUCCUGAAGGUCGUCAUCCUGGGGGAUGGAGGGGUGGGGAAGUCCUGCCUGAUGAACAGAUUUGUUUCCAAUCACUUCGAUGAGCACAGUUUUCACACUAUUGGGGUGGAGUUCCUCAAUAAGGACAUUGAGAUCAAUGGAGAGGUCUACACUCUCCAGAUUUGGGAUACAGCGGGGCAAGAGAGGUUCAAGACCCUCCGGACACCCUUCUACAGGGGGUCUGAUAUAUGUUUGCUAACUUACGCUGUUGACGACAGAACGAGCUUCAAGAAUUUGGCGCUCUGGAGGUCGGAGUUUCUUUAUUAUGCUGAUGUCCAGGACGGAGCGCUCUUUCCGUUUAUUGUUGUUGGGAAUAAGGUCGAUGUACCAGAGCUGGAGAAGCAGAUCUCUACAGAAGAAGCUCGUGCCUGGUGCGCGGAGAAUGGCAAUCCUCCACUGGUGGAAACGUCAGCCAAAAAUGCUACAAACGUGGAGGAGGCUUUUGGCGCAGCAGUGACAGCCUGGGCGAAAUUGGAAGCCAAAUUAGAACGUCCUUUCGUCGAAGACACUGUGGAUUUAUCGAAACAACAGUCGCCCCAUCGUUCCAGCUGUUGUAUGCCGAUGACCAGUGCCGAAUAGCCCAGAUCUGAUAUUUCGACGAUUUUAGACUGGAGAAUGAACAGUGCAGAUUGAUUUAUUUUUGUUAUUUAACCAAAGGAGAUUGAAGUAUCUUGCUUGAGACAGUUGGCUUUCAAGCAUUGAAGCAAUGUCCAUUGACGAUCAGGGGACCCUCCUGGGGGUGAUGAUAUGUGUCCAUGAGUAAUUGUGAAGAUGGUACUCACGAAAUGAGUAAUUCUGGCGUGACUUUGUGUAAUGAUAAAUUUAAGUUUUUCGUGGCAAUUUUGGGAUUAUUUCCAUAAGAAGUGAAUUUAGAUGAAAUUUCAGGGCAAAUUAUUUUUGUAGAGAAAUUAAAUACUUUAGGAUGUUUUUAGUAGCUUCAUUUGUCUCAAUUCGGUAAAUUGUUACGAUUACUGGAGCAUCUCUGUAGGCCUAAUUACCUAGAUGACGACAGGUAUGGGCGAACGCCAUAAGUUUUUUUUGUAGUUCUAGAUCUCCUGAAAAAAUAUUUUGGUUUUAUUCACGAGGUAAUCCCAUCGAACCACUUGAUUCCUGACUCGAAAACAAAACGAAGGCAUGGUAAUUGACAGCAGCUCCUGUUUUUUAAGGUGUGAUAACAAAAUAAUAUGAAUGGAAUUGUGAGCCAGGUAUAGACUGCCUGCAGCACAAAACUAUAAAUAAAUAUAUAUUUGUAAUGGCAUGAGAGGAAAAAUUAUAGGAAGAAUAAAUCAGCAAACGCUACGUUAUUACGUGCCACAACUAAAUAGAUCAGAAUAAUUAUUGAGUAAUAUUUUUAAUGAUUGUGUUACUCAAUGGAUUGUACAUAAUUACAAACAAAUAGUUGAACUAUAAGUCACUUCAAUGCCUGAUCGUGAAUUUGUAUAAAUGAUUUCUCAGUCAGAUAAAUUCAAUAGUCAAGUCUUAAAAUGAGGUAAGCGCACUCUGUCCAGUUUCAGUUUUCGAUCAAUAAAUUAUGGAUUAAAAGAGAUAGCGAAAUUUUGCUCAGAGGGGAAUUGUAGAGCAAAGUGCGGACUCCAAAAUGGUUUGGAAAAAAUUGUGCUAUUCCUUUUUGUUUGCAAGGUAUUCACCGGUAAUAUAUUUUAAACCAAUUGCCCUUACCUCGUCUUAGUACUUCACUAGGGAAUUUUAUUGAUUCUAUUUGACGACACAUGAAAGAAUUAGAUAAGGAAAAAAGAAGAUUAAGAGAGGAAAAAUGAGAAAAGGCUGAAUUUAACUGACAAAGUAAUCACCAUCAUCAUUAAAAAUAAAAUUGAAAAUGUUUUUCGACGGGAGAAUUUAAUCAGCUUGUGGUGCGCUUGUUGAUAUGCAUUAAAUAAUCCCAGUAUUAGUAUUAAUAAAUCAUAAAAUAACUAAUAAUUGUGAUAAUGUGUUAAUUAAUAGUUGAAACGCAGUUGAAAUCCUAUUGUAUUCUAGCCUAAUUAUUUGUAUCUGCCUUAUAGUAGCUAAUGAACUCGAAUGAAUUGCGAUUGUUUUACGAAAAAGUACCAUUUUGAUGCGAAUAUUACGAAAGUCAACGAAAAAAUUGUACAAUUCAGAAAUUCAAAAUUAUCUCAAUUAGUGCUUGCGAAAUUAAAUUUUAUAAUUGAAUGAUUGAUGUAAAUUAUAACUUUUUAACUAUUAAAUUAUUCAUAAAUUUACAGAUCUGUGUAAGAAAAUUAAUUGCGCUCUAAUGAGUUGAAUGAUGACGAGUGAAAGACCAUAUCAUAAGCGAUUGAGUUAUCUGGCGGAUUGCUUAUGCAAGCGUUGAUCAUACAGUAACAGUUCAUAAUCAUUAAAUUGAUAGUUAUGCAAAAUUUAUCAGAAAAGAUAUUUUCGGAUUGAAUAAUUAAGAGGAUGAGAAAAAAAUGGAGGGACUUAAUCUUCGAUAUCUCUCGAAUAAGAGAUGCAAUUUUGAUAAAUUUAAUCGUAUUUUACAGUUCAUGAAAAUACCCUAAAAUCAGCCCUGGAUUGAUAAAAUUACACUCUGGAAACCCUGAGAUAUGAAUAAUUGUAUUAAGUCCUUCUGAGCCAGUCGUGAUUUUUAAUGAAUCUAUUAGCGGCCAGACCA